GGAAAGUAGUCGUGUACGCCAGAUCUAUAAUUUGGAACUGAAACUAGAGCCUAAACUAGAAUAUUGCGUCAAAUUGAAUAUUGAAAUUGGAAUCAAAUAUCGAAGACAGACCUAAGUAAUAUCGAAAAAAUGAAUGAAAAGGAAGACAAUGAUUUUCAAACAUCCACAGUUUUAGAUGAAGGAUCAGAUGAGUCGGAUCAUGAAAGCAAAAAAGUCUUAAGCUUUUAUAAGCUUUACCGCUUCUCAACACUAUUUGAAAAUUUUUUAUUAUUUAUUGGCUUUGUAAUGUCCAUAGUAAAAGCACUUACAUUGCCAGCAGUGGUGAUAGUUUAUAGUGAAUUCACGGCAAUGCUAGUAGAUCGAUCAUUGCAAAUUGGCACUAGUUCCAAAACCUAUGCAUUACCCAUAUUCGGUGGUGGUAAAAUGCUUACAAAUGCAACCAAAGAAGAGAAUAUGUCGGAGUUGUAUAAUGACUCAAUAUCGUAUGGAAUUCUUUUGACAUUAGCAUCAAUAAUUAUGUUCAUAUCAGGCGUUUUAUCGGUUGAUAUUUUUAAUAUUGUGGCAUUGAGGCAAAUUACACGCAUGCGUAAAAUACUAUUUGAAACAGUUAUUCGACAGGAUAUUGAAUGGCAUGAUAUGGCCACCAAGCAAAACUUUACGCAACAAAUAAUAGAUGAUAUAGAGAAAGUAAGAGACGGGAUAUCUGAAAAAGUAGCUCACUUUUUAUACCUCAUAUUUGGAUUCAUCAUAACAGUUUGCAUAUCAUUUGCUUAUGGCUGGAAGCUCACUUUGGCAGUUAGUGCAUAUAUACCAAUCGUAAUUGUUUUGAACUACUUUGUGGGCAAGUAUCAAAGUAAGCUGACAAAAAGAGAGCAGGAGUCAUACGCGGGAGCUGGUAACAUUGUUGAGGAAGUUCUUACUUCGAUUCGGACUGUUGUUGCAUUUGGAGCAGAAAGGAAAGAGUCGGAACGUUAUGAUAACUAUCUUAUCCCUGCACGAAAAGCAAGUCAAAGGAAGGGUGCAUUCUCGGGGUUCAGUGAAGGAGUUUUAAAGUCAAUGCUUUUUCUCUCUUGUGCUGGAGCAUUUUGGUAUGGUGUUAACUUAAUUAUAGACAAUAGAAAUGUGGAAGAUAAGGAAUACACUCCCGCUAUUUUAAUGAUAGCAUUUUUUGGAAUUAUCGUUGGAGCCGACAAUAUCGCACGCACUGCACCAUUUUUGGAAUCCUUUUCUAUAGCCCGUGGUUCUGCAACUAAUAUUUUCAAAGUGAUCGACACCAAAUCAAAAAUUGAUCCCUUAUCCAGUGACGGAAAAUUAAUCAACUACGGACUGCGAGGAGAAAUUGAAUUUAAAGAUGUAUUCUUUCGCUAUCCUUCGCGACCAGAUGUGAUUAUUCAUCGAGGCAUCAAUUUAAAAGUAAAUAAAGGCCAGACUGUUGCCCUUGUUGGCUCAUCUGGUUGUGGAAAAUCAACUUGCAUUCAACUGUUGCAACGCUUCUAUGAUCUAAUUUUUGGCUCAAUAACAUUAGAUGGGUUGGAUAUAAGAAAAUAUAACAUUCAUUGGUUGAGAUCCAACAUUGCUGUGGUUGGCCAAGAACCAGUAUUAUUUCAAGGAACCAUUGCUGACAAUAUUAGUUAUGGAAAAACAAAUGCAACACAACGAGAAAUAGAAGCUGCUGCCAAGACAACUGGUGUGCAUGAUUUUAUAUGCAGUUUGCCCGAGAGUUACCUCACUGUUAUAGGCGAAAAAGGAUCUCAACUGUCUGGUGGCCAAAAACAACGCAUUGCUAUUGCCCGUGCUCUUAUCCAGGAUCCUAAAAUUUUACUGCUGGACGAAGCAACAUCUGCUUUAGAUUAUCAUUCCGAAAAGGAUAUUCAAAAAGCACUGGAUUUAGUUAGUAAAGGCCGUACGACAAUUGUGGUUUCUCAUCGGUUAUCAGCAAUUCGAGGAGCAGAUAAAAUAGUUUUCUUACAUGAAGGUAAAGUUUUCGAAGAGGGAUCACACGACGAUCUCAUGACAUUAAAAGGAAUGUAUUACAAUAUGGUACGCGCAGGGGAUAUCAAUAUAGCUGAUGCUAAUGAAGAAACUACUGCUGAAGAUAAAAAAAUCAAUCUAAACUCUAUUGACAAGUCUUUCGAAACAGAUUUAAUUAAUAUGGAAAAGAAUCACAUUUCAAAUGAGCAACCAAUAAUACAUACGAAGAGCAAAGAAAAUGCACCGAAAGAAGAAGCCUCUGGAGGAAAUUUUUUCAUAACAUUUAAACGCAUAUUAAAAUUAGCCCGCCCUGAAUGGUGUAUGCUAUUAUUUGGCGCGGUAUGCGCAAUAGCGUUUGGUUUUACCUAUCCUGCAUUUUCAGUCAUCUUUGGAGAAUUUUACGCCGCUUUGGCACAACCAGAUGAAGAAGUUGCACUUCAUCGCACUUCGCUCCUAUCAAUCUAUUGCUUAAUCUUGGGCGUAUUAACUGGAAUCGGUUCUUUUCUGCAAACGUAUUUAUUUAACUAUGCGGGCGUAUGGUUAACUACACGAAUACGCUCAAUGACAUUUACAGCUAUAAUGCGUCAGGAGAUUGGCUGGUUUGAUGAAGAAGGCAACUCAGUUGGUGCACUCUCAGCAAGAUUAACUGGAGAUGCUUCUGGUGUACAGGGAGCCAUAGGCUAUCCAUUGAGCGGCUUACUGCAAGCAUUUUCCAAUUUCGUUAUUGCAUUGACGUUAUCGCUUUAUUUUUCAUGGAAGCUGGCUCUGGUGUGUAUGUGCGCUUGUCCAAUCAUAGUGGGAUCCAUCAUAUUUGAAUCAAAAUUUAUGAGCACUUCUCUGCUUCAUGAAAAAGCAGUAUUGGAAGAAGCUUGCCGCAUUGCAAACGAGGCCAUCUCAAACAUUAGAACAAUUGCUGCUUUACGGCGCGAAGCCCAAACUAUCGAAAUAUAUAAUUCUGAAAUAGACAAGGUUCAGUCAUUGAUCCGAAAAAAACUAAAAUAUCGUGGAUUGAUAAAUGCAUCAGGACAAGCAUUUAUAUUUUUUGCAUAUGCAGUAGGUCUGUGUUAUGGAGGGGUACUUGUGUCUGAAGGAAAGGUUCCAUUUCAGGAUAUUAUCAAAGUAUCGGAAACGCUUUUAUAUGGCUCCAUGAUGUUGGCACAAUCCUUAGCGUUUGCACCAGCUUUCACUGCAGCUUUGGUGGCGGCCCAUCGAGUAUUCCAAAUAUUAGACAGAUCGCCAAAAGUUUCUUCUUCGUGUAGGCGAGAGGACAAUGCUACAGAAAAAAGACUUGAGCUGUUUGAGGGUGUUCGGUUUUCUAAUAUAGAAUUUAGAUACCCAACACGUUCGGAUGUAAAAGUUCUAAAUGGGUUAAAUUUGGAAGUGCUCAAAGGAAAAACUGUAGCUUUGGUUGGUCGUUCCGGUUGUGGAAAAUCAACGUGCAUACAACUAUUAAUGCGUUUGUAUGAUCCUGACAGUGGCACCAUUAAACUAAACGAGGACGAUAUUCAUAAAGACAUCUCCAUUGAAAGUUUGAGAAGAAAACUGGGACUCGUCUCCCAGGAACCGUCUUUAUUUGAGCGCACAAUUGCCGAAAAUAUUGCUUAUGGUGAUAAUUCGCGAAGAGUGACCAUAGAAGAAAUAAUUGCAGCUGCGAAAUGCGCAAACGCACAUUCCUUUAUAAUAACUUUGCCAAAUGGGUACGACACACGUUUAGGCGCACGUGGAACUCAGAUAUCUGGUGGUCAGAAGCAACGUAUCGCUAUUGCUCGAGCUUUAGUACGCAACCCCAAAAUAUUACUAUUAGACGAAGCAACGUCCGCUUUAGAUUUGCAAAGCGAGCAAUUAGUGCAGCAGGCUCUUGAUGUGGCGUGUACUGGACGAACUUGUAUAGUGAUAGCACAUCGUUUGUCCACUGUUCAAAAUGCUGAUGUAAUUUGUGUUCUGAAAAAUGGUAAAAUAGUAGAAAUGGGAAACCAUCAGCAACUUGUUGCGCUCAAUGGAAUUUAUGCAAAACUUCACAAAAUGCAAAGUCAUGAGAAAUAAGUCUUUAAAAUUUAAAUAAUUAAUGUGUGAAUUUCAUAUAUGUAUGUAUAUAUGUUCUGCUUGAGCAGGUGAAAAUUUAAUCUAGAUUUAAUCAGUGUAUUUGCAAAUGGUUGCGCAUGCAUUAGUUAGACAUCGAUUAAGUUAGACAUUGUAAAAUUACGUUAUUAACUAAUAUAAUUUUCUUUUUUCGUAAAAAUGUGUAAUUUUUUAAACAAUGCACUAAGACUGUAAAAUUUUCGUGUUUUUUUUUCUCAGCAUAUGCAUAAGGUUCCAUGUUGUUUUCUCUAAAUGUUGCUCUUUAACCGGACUAAAGUGCAAAACCCCCAUUUAAAAAGGUGAGGGUGACUGUUGUCAGCUGAUUUUAAUUUGUUUGUUUAAUUGUUACAAAACAAACAAAAAAAUGGGUGCAAAUUGUUCAAUUUUAUAAUAUUCAAAAUAUAAUUUGUGGAAGGAUUUAAUUUAAUUUUACUUCUUCUUUUCUCAUAUGAAACGUCCAACAUUUGCCAAUAGCGUUUGACAAACUUUUGUAAUGUUGCAGUAUAAUGGGUGACAUUUUUCCGAGAAAAGAAAACUAUAGCAUUUCAGGGCAACUUUUGUUGAAGUAACUCGUAACUUGUGGAAGAGAGGUAGGCGUGGAAAGGAGAGAGGCACUGAGCUGCUAAUGCUUGGGAAAUUCGCUACGUGAAGCAACAAAAGUUUCCCUGCAUAAACACAGUAUUUGAUUACUAAAUAUCGCAAAUAAAAAAAGGAAAUGCAGAUAAAAAACAAAAACUAAGCCAUGAAACCACGAAUCGUUCUUAACACCCAUCUACAUAUAGCAUAACUUUCGCUGUCGCUUCGCUUUGAUGCAACGCGAGACCCUUAUCAAGGAGACUGCAAUAAACGCUUUGACAGCGAAAGCUUUAAGCUGAAAAAUUGGUAAAUUAGUUAGUAAAAUGUAAUAUUUACAACAAUAACCGCAUUCCUUAAAUGUAUACUUAUUUAAAUUUAACUUGGGUUCAAAACUUUUGGAAUAAAUUGAAUUUGUUUACAUCUGAUGAUUGUCACCGCACGCGCCCAAGUGCCGUAGCAUCAGUACAGAAAGUAAACAAACGAAAAUAAGCGAAGGGGAAAGCCAAGAACGAUAUAAUAAAUCAUUCAAACAUACAUUUGUAAGUGCAUAUAUUUGCCUUUGCAUUAUAUAUCGGAAGGCGCCAGCUUCUGUAUUCUUGUGGCAUUACCACGAUGUGUGGGUAACUAACAUGUUACUAUGAUAUUUAUGUAAAUACUCGUGAAGGGUUCUAGAAUGUACGAAUGUGAUAACUCUUUAACUGUUUACAUCUGAUUUAUUUUAUUCUUCUUCAUUUUUUCUGUAUAAGACAGUGCAAAAUUUAUAUGCUAUAAAUUUAUUACAGCCAAAAUUCAACCCGUUACUUUUACUCAUUGCCAACAAAUAAAUCUUAUUUUAUUGACAAAAAGCAUUGCAUAUAAGAUACAUUUUUGGUAUUAUAUGUAGAUCCCACAGAGUUUGUUAUUUCAUAUUAACUUAUGUAUGCGAGUUUUUAAAAUCAAAUAAAGAAUGUUGACAAAUUAACGAAUAUUCUACGAUUUCUAUUUUGAAAAAUUCUAUAUUUAGUCAUCUCCAGAAAAAAGUUGAAUCAGCAUAGAAUAAUAUGAAUUUCAUAUUUCUAACGAGUGUUUUGCACAACAGAAAAUUGUUUCAUGAUCAGUACCCUAUACAUAAACAGUUAAAGAGUUAAAUAGAAAUUAGUAUGAAUGGAAAAAGGAUUUAGUAAGUAUUAAAUGUAUACAUAUGCCUGUAAAUUCGAAAUUAUGAAAUUUUGCUAAUUAAUGUUUCCUUUUAGCACCUAAGAGUAUUAUUUCCAUAAGUAAAAACAAAAUGACAACUAAUAAUCCAAAGCCAGGUUUUUUUUUUCUUUUUGACAGUGUGGACAAAUUUAUUUGACAAAUGCAUGUAAAUUCAACAAUUUUGAAUAAACAAAGUCCCCACCGGUUGGUGAACACACUGAAAACGUAAAAUUUUGAAUGUUACUUUACCAAUUGGAUAAUGAUAGUCAAGAAGUAUAAAUUUAAUCUAAAAUAGCAUUUGAAAUACAUAUUAAAUUAACAAAAAAUUUACGUUUGCCCCCACAUGUUGAAAAUAAAAAUGAAAUAAAUGAAUUAAUUUCCUAAUGAUGAGUAACGGAAUACCAUCCAAUUUUUACAGUGGUCAAAUGGGUUAUCUCGGGAUAUAAUACAAAUCUUUUUAUUUUUUAGUUGUGCAAUUGAAAAACCCAUCCCAUGAUAAAAACUGAUUUGCAUACGUAAACAUUAGUUUGAACAU